GAGGGGUGUCAUCCACUGUGACGUGAACCCGUGGAAUGUCCUCUGCAGGGAGGAGCCGGAGCAGGCAAGUGCAAACUCUCCACAGGCCUGCCUGGUGGACUGGGCCUGCAGUGCUCUCACCGAAGGCGGCUCGGCACCGAAACUCCAGCGCCGAGGCGACUUCCAGGCAGCGGAGCUUGUGGAGGGGCGUUUCGGUCCUCGCAGUGAUGUGUUUGGAUGUGCAGCAACAUUGCUUUGGCUGCUGCUGAAGCGGACAAGGAAGGGCCUGCCCGACCGAACGCCAGAGUUGCUCAAGGUGCAGCUGCAAGAGGCAGCUGGAGAGGAGGAGCUGCCUGAGCCUUUUCUGGAAGGCUUGGGGUCCGCUAUCUCCUGGGCCAUGGCGGAGCGAUGGGAGGACAGAUGCCCAGAUGUUGCCACACUGGUCUCACGGGUUCGCUGUGCUGUGGAUGUGCUCGAGAAAAGUGCAUUUUGCGAGCCUGCCGUCAUGCUCUGA